AUGCGCGAUGGAUCUCAAGAUGCGUUAAAAAAAAUUAAACAACUCUUCCCCAUCAAACAAUCUGCCGAUGUAAGUUGUGCAACCAAUAUCUUCACAGAAACAAAGGAUAUCAGCACUGGUAAUUUGAAAAGUGCUGAUGGCAAUGACGACGUUAAACAUGCGAAAAUGAAUGAUUUUUUAAAAGAGAAACUGACCAAGGUUGGUUCGAUAAAUCCAGUGGAAGAUUUUCAUGAAUUGAUCCUUCACGACAGCAAUUUAUUUCAAACUGCCUGUGAACAAUUACAAAGUCAGAUAGAACAGCUUAUUGUUGAUUCAUUUGGUUCUGACCUUUAUAACAAAGCUGUUAAUUGCAUUACAGCCCUCAGAGUGCAGUGUAUUAAGAAUUUGUCGGCAGAAAAAUACAAUAACUUUUUGAAAUCCCUCAAAAAGUUCAUUAUUGACAAACAGAGAGUUAACUUUUGGUCAGAGAUUAAGACAAGUAAUUUGGGGUUGAUAAAAUCGACUGAGUGUGAAUCUAGCUCGGUUGAUGAUGCAAAAGCUGAAGAAUUUUUGAUGAUGAAUGAGAAAAACGAAAAUGAAAACCAAGAUGCCGACAACCUGCUUCAAGAGUUGGAAUAAUUUUUGUCAUCAUGGUGGUUGCUUAAACAACGCUAAUGAAAUGAUAUAAACUGUAAAAAACAGCAUUUAAAAUAUAUAGUUAGUUGUGUAUAUUGUAACGUAAUAAGUGUUGCAUAUUUGUUUUGUUAAUGUUGACCUAUCGACAAUAUAAAUAAGUUUAAAUGGGAACUUCUGCUACACAAAUAAUCAGGCACUAUGACGAAUAUUUAAUACGCCGUCUUACGUACGGUAAAUUAGUGGACAGUUUUUAUGGAUUUCCAUGAAAUUUAGAUCCUGUUUUCCCUUUGUUUGCAACGUCACUGAAAUUUAAACAUUUCUUGUUACAUGAAGUUCAUCUAGUUUGUUUCUUUAUAGUUUCUGCUAAUUAUUCAUUGUUCUAAAAUUUGUUAAGAUUUUCAAAAUUUUCAUUCAAAUUGUGUAUUAGUGAAUAAAUGUAGAUAAAGAUC